GUCUUCCGCUAAGGGGAAACUCUGCCGAAAUUUCGUGGACGCCGACACUUGUGAAAAUAUCGAGGGAGCUGAGUGUGGACAGCAAAGGGGGGCUGAAAUUCGUCAUUUCUCAAGGAGAAGAUGAAUGAGAGAGGAGGAGAUGCUAAUGGAAGAGGAGCUGUAGCUGAGAAGACAAGAAGUAGUGUGGCUAAGGCGUUUGUUGGAGGAGUUGGGAGUUGGUCAGGAGGAGCCGACAGUUGUGUUCUGUGACAAUGAGUCUGCUGUGAAGCUCGCCAAGAAUGCUUGUCUGCAUGGGCUGACAAAACACAUAAGGCCUAAGUGGCAUUGGGUGAGGAGACUCCUUGAUAAGGAGGUGCGGCUGGAGAUAGUGAAGACCCAUCAGCAGGCAGCAGAUAUUUUCACCAAGCGUCUGGCGGAGGCGGAUCAUUGGAAGGGCAUGAAGCUUGCUGGGAUGAGUGUGCAUUGAGUAUGCAUGCUUGAGAUGUUGAAUUUGUGUGUGAUGUGUUCUGGAGUUUGGGAAUGUGUUUUGUGUUAUUUUGUUUGAGCAGGUUUUUUGUGAUGAUAGAUCUUGAGAAGAUCUUUCCGACGCAACGAGAAUCCCUUCAAUCGGAGCAAGAACGCGAAAGCUAUG